AGUCUAGUUCGCAUCUAUUUUGAAUAAAUAUUAUGUUUGGGAUAGAUCAAUUAUAUUCAUCUUUAAUUUAAACUGAAUUAGCAUUAAUUAAAUCUGGAUAUUAUACAAUAUAUUUAAAGAAUGACUCAAAGAGAACGCCGGUCUAAUGCCGGCAAUCGCAUGGCAAAGUUGCUUGAUGAGGAGGAAGAAGACGAUUUCUAUAAAACAACUUACGGAGGCUUUCAAGAAGUGGAAGAAGAUCGGGAUUAUAUACAAGAGAAAGAAACCGAAGAUGUUGUCGACUCCGAUUUUGAUAUUGACGAAAAUGACGAUCCAGUCUCAGACCAUGAAACAGAUGUGAAGGAAAAGCGUAAAAUUAAUACCAAAGGUUAUAAGGAUCCUAAUAGAAAAAAGAAAUUGGAAAAAACAAAAAAAGUUCUGACAAAGAAAACAAAAGAACCUAAACCGAAGGAUGAUUCAGAGAAACCAGAAAAAGUUGAAAAAUCUUUCUUCGACACUUCUAUAGAGAGGAAAUCAAUAAGACAGAGCACAGCCGUGAAAUCAGCAGAAACUCAACAAAGAAUUAAAAUAAGAUCAGAACUUAAAAAGAAAAAGCCGAAAAAAGUGGAAGAGAGAGUAUUAACACAAGAAGAACUGCUUGAAGAAGCGCUUAUUACUGAAAAGGAAAAUCUUAAAAGCCUCGAAAGAUUUGAGCAAAGUGAAUUAGAAAGGAAAAAGAUCAGACCUAUCAAGAAAUCCAUUACUGGACCAGUUAUAAGAUACCAUUCAUUCUCUGUACCGAUAAUAACAGAAAUACCGCCUCAGGAUAAAAAUUGCAUGACACCAAUCACCGAUAUCAACCUCAGUGAUAUCAUAAAAAGUGAAGAAGAUGGAUUUUUUUCAGAUUUACUCGGUCAAGAUGAUCUAAGUGACUCCAAUACACUGACUGAAGCAAAGAUUGAGACAGAAGAACCAAAGGCUGAGACGAGUAAAAUGGACGUGGACUUUGUCGGACCAGAUGAAGAAAUCAGUAUUGAAAAUGUCACCAUGAAGGAUGAAAAGCCAACGAAGACAAAGGAAUGCAUUAAAUACCACGAAAGAACGUUAAUAUCUUUUGAAAAUGAUAUAAAGAAUAAGGCCUUCAACGCUUGUUUCCCACAAAAGAAACCGAAGAGAAGACGCGAAUUACUGUGCGCUGUAACUAAGCGGCCGGCGCGCUACAUCGACCCGAUAACGAAGCUGCCGUACCGCAGCGUGGACGCGUUCCGCAUCAUCCGCGAGGCGUACUGCCAGCAGCUCGAGGCGCGCGCCGACCGCAGCGACCCGCGCCGCGCCGCCGCCGCCUCCGCCUACGUGCAGAUACACAUCAAGUAGUACACGCUCUCACCGCGA